CCGGGGUCUGGGGGUCUGGCGGCCGCCACUAUGAAGCUGACGCGGAAGAUGGUCCUGUCCCGGGCCAAGGCCUCGGAGCUGCACAGCGUGCGGAAGCUCAACUGCUGGGGCAGCCGCCUCACCGAUAUCUCCAUCUGCCGGGAAAUGCCAAGCCUGGAAGUGAUUACCCUCAGCGUCAACAGCGUGUCCACCCUGGAGCCCGUGAGCCAGUGCCAGCAGCUGAGCGAGCUCUACCUGAGGAAGAACCGCAUCCCCAGCCUGGCCGAGCUCUUCUACCUGAAGGGCCUGCCGCGCCUCCGUGUGCUGUGGCUGGCCGAGAACCCGUGCUGCGGCGCCAACCCCCACCUCUACCGCAUGACCGUCCUGCGCAACCUGCCCCAGCUGCAGAAGCUGGACAACCAGGCUGUGACCGAGGAGGAGCUGGCCCGAGCGUUGAUGGAGGGAAAGGAGGUCACAGCCCCUGGCCUAGAGGGCACGGGGAACGGCCGGCCCGAGCUGCCCUACGCCCUGAGCACCAUGAGCGCCACUGCCGAGAUGCAACGGGACCCGCUGAGCUACGGCGAGGAGGAGGCCAGCAGCAUCCAGGGGCAGCUCGGCCUGAAGCCCGCUUCCCGGGACCAGCUUCCUUCCUUCCCACAGAGGGACGCUGUGAGCAGUCGCAGGAACAGGAACAACGUGCUGACCGCCAUCCUGCUGCUGCUGCGAGAACUGGAUGCCGAGGGGCUGGAGGCCGUCCACCAGACCGUGGUCAGCCAGCUCCAGGCCCUGCACAAGCCGGAGCUGCAGGAGGACAUGGAGUGACCGUCAGCAGGGGCCCAAGCUGGCAGGCCCUCCUCGCAGGACCCUGCGCCAAGGUCCCGAGCACC